AUGGCGGUCCGCACCAUCAUCGAGAUCCCCAAGACAUCGUCUGGCGCUGCCGAUCCGGGUGCACCCAGCAUCCUCACCACUCUACCGCCCGAGAUCCGCAACCGCAUCUACGAGUAUCUUUUCAAGAGAGAUGGACCUGUUAUUCUGGACGAUGGUCAAGUGCACAGGGAACUCUGGGAUUGGCUUCAUGUCAUUCAUUUCACGCACGGCGGCGUCGAGCGGCAAGUAAGAAACGAAGAUUUGUGUAAUGUCUUUGCAGGUUGCACCGACCUUCUACUAUCAUGCAGGCAAGUCUACCACGAAGCCGUCGGUAUCCUCUACAGCCAGAACACUUUCUUCUUCUCCCAAUUCCUCCACAAUCAGAUGCACUUUACCUGCACAUGGCUGUCAAGGAUCGGAUCUCACUAUCAGCUCCUGUCUCGCGUAAGCAUAGACGCACAUGCAUCCGCUCAUAUGCAACCUCGACAAUACAAUCUGUUGCCGCUGUUGAAGCUUAUCUGGAACCAUCCUCAGGCCAAAUGCCAAUUUGCCUUCGUGCACUCCGGAAGUUCGUUCUCCCAGAAACAAGACAACAGCGCUGGACUCGACGAUCCAAUUACUGUCGCGCAUCUUAUGAACCAUGUUCUCUUCGAAAUAGGCACCGCAGACGUUCUCAACCUCAGGCAGUAUGCCAAAUACUCCGGCCUGAUCUCAUCAAUAACGAUCUGGUACCAUGGGCACGACCAUUGUGGAUACGUCGAAUACAAUGAUCCUGGCAUCUCACGUUCCUUCCCGCAUCCGGAAAGAUAUUUUGACAUCUUAGCCCAUGGUUCCAAGGUUCAGUGGAAAGAACCUGAACAGUUGGACCUUCCGUCCUUCCCUGGAGAAUUGCUGUCGACCAUCAAUGCGUACGUAGGUGCAUCCGAUACAAGCGUUAUAUUCGACCUGGACAUCAACGAAGCCCGGGGCUACCGCAUAGGCCUCAGCGGAGUCAAUAACUCGCUGCGGGCCGACAUCGACCAGAUGUAUACGCGAGUGUACGACGAGAUUGUCAUCCGCAUGUCUACUCAGGAGGCUAGGACCGACUUCAAUGAUUUCAAGGCACUACAAAAGCUAUUAGAGGUUGACAAUUUUGAGAAUCUGGUCAAUCCAUAUGAUCGCAGAGGAGAGCAGUGUUUCAUGAACAUGAUUCUGGUCUUCAAGCUCUCUAAACCAGAGCCCACUCCGGACCUUCGUAUAAACAUCAACAAGCUUCUGCAUACUUUCAAACGCGACCAUGGAGGUCUUGUCAUUACUGUUCAGGAGUCUGAUCGCAGCGUGAACGGCACACACUUCAUCAUAUGGCAUCAUGUUCAGAAAGCAGUAUUCCUCUUGAUAUCCGAUAUAUUGGAGGAGUGUCCUUCGAAAGCCAAUUGGCCCCUUCCACAAAUCUGGAUCAAUGGUCACGGCACUGUUUUGUGCGCUACAUACCCCGCUACGGCCUCCUCCGAGGAGAUAAUCAUUUCUUCCUUGUAUGCCAACAACGAUCCGGCAGACGUCCUCGUUCAAUACGAUCGCAAGAUCGAGUAUCUUGAGCAAAGUGGGGCAUUGGAGGAUCUCAUAAACGCUCUACAUAACCCUUUCAGUAUGAGCACUGAUACUCUGGGCCUUAUGUGGUACUGCUUACGGUGCUAUCUUGGGAUGGACCGGUGA